AGCAUCUAAGAAUUAAAAAGUAAUUGCCUCUGAGGGAAGUAUACAUUAACACCCAAUGUUAGUUACCUGGACUGUUGUAUCCUCAGUAGAAUGGUGCAGGAAUCUCUGCAGGCUGACUCCAAGCUGGAGAUAACUUUAACUCAGCUUUCCAGGGAAACUUGUUUCUCUCCACUGACUCUCUGGGGAGGCUAGACUUCUCAGGGCAAAAAACAUGCUCAGAAAGUUCAUAUUUACAUCCAAAUGCAUGGAGAUAAGAGACAGAAGAAAACAGAUGGUGUUGAUUUUCAGAUGGAUGAGGGUGAGGCAGUGAGCAAAUACAAGUACUGCAGUCUCUGCAACGUGUUGUUUACUUCCCCAGUCGAUGCUUUGUCUCACUACUUGGGAAAGACCCAUGCUAAAAACGUGAAGCAGUUCUCCAAGGAAGCCCACAUGCCAGCACAGGACAUGCAGAUUGGUCCUGCUUUACAACAGCCACUGGGUGAGAAGCCCUUGCAGCCUUCAGGAGCUGAAGAGUCUUCAUCAUCCUCCAACACAGGAUUGAUGUCCAGUGAUCCAAACAGGUUUUGCAGGCUCUGCUGUGCUUCCUUUAAUAAACCAGUUAUAGCCCAGCAGCAUUACAGUGGUAAGAAACACAGAAGAAAUGAAGCACGUAAAAAGCUAAUGGAGGAGCUGGGAGACAAAGCUGUCCCUGCAGAAUCCAGCACAAGUGCAAUUGGAGUUGGUUAUUACAUUUGCCCUGUAUGUGAUGUCACACUUACAUCUAUAGAAACAUGGCAGUCCCACCUGCAAGGAAAGAAGCACAGGAUUAAAGAAACAAAGCUGGCUAAUGUCAUGAAGAAACCAAACAAAACCCCUGACUCCUUGCAAGAUGAAUUAAUGGAUUGCAUUGAAGUUCAGGAGGCUAAAGGGCAAGAGCCAAGGGAGUGUUUAGUGAAAGUAGAAGAGGAAUGGAUUCAAGAUACAAACAUUGAAGAUGAAGGUGACCUUGGUGAGGUUGUAUCUUCAAACUCUGUGUGUCAACAAGGACAUUCCAGCCUUAUCUCAAACACCGAGUCACCUGCAAAUACUGGGGAAAAGAGAUCACUAAGUUGGCCAUCAGCAUGUGAGCACACACUAGAAAUGACACCUAAUUGUUGCUAUAACAAGGGAUACUGUAAAGAAGAGCAAUCUGAGGUAGCCAUCAUCAGUGAUAAGAGCUUCAGCCUGUUGGCUGCAGAGCGUAUAGACUGCUACAGUCUUACAGUUCCUGAAACUUCUACCAAUUCCUACAGGAAAGAACAGAAAUCUCAGAUAAAAUGUUUCAAGGAGGAGGAAGAAUCCAUCAAUGAAGAGGUGAAGUAUGAGAAAGAAGCCCCAAAGUGGAAAAGAAAGAAAAGUAGUGAAGGUGCAGAUGUUGGAAAAGAAAAGGAGAAGUUGAAUGAGAAACAAAAGAAAAUAAAAGUUGAGAUGGGCUUGGUGAGUAAGAAGAAAUCAAGACCUGAUAAAGACAAGAUACUUAAAGAGAGCCCUGCUGAAGAAAACAGUAAAAAUCCCAAGGAGGAUAAAGAGAAGACCCAAAGAGGGGGCAAAAGAGAAGAGGAGCUACUUUGGGUUGAAUCUUUGGGAUAUUGAUAAAGGUUUUAAGAAGUUGAUUCUGUUUGUAUGCUCACUUACCCAUUUGAUACCAUAAUAUCACUUUUGGGGGUUUUAAAACAAAAGGUUUUGUUCCGAUCUGGGGGUGAGAACAAUCCUGUCUUCUGAAAUGUUGUGGCAGUAGUUAGGAGUCAGUUUUAAUCUUACACAUACGGUAGCCAUUGCAGUUAUGUGAGUUUAAAAGCUUGUAAUCUCUCCUGGAAUAUACCACAAAUACGGGGCAGUAGUUUAAAGAAUACUGUUGGAAUUUCACCAGAUACAGGUUAUUUGUGCUGUUAAUGGUACCUACUGUUGAGGUGUCUGUUAUUGUUCACUACAGUGUUUCCAGCCAUGUCUGUCACCAUUUCUGUGCCAGGAGAAUGUGAAAGGCUUUUGGUUCCAGAUCUUACUUGCUGUUGGGUCUUUGGGGUGUUGGUAUUGUUUUGGCUUGUUUGUCACCCAGUUGUGAAUGGAAAAUGAGCCCAUUAAACAUGCAAAUGGUUCUCAGAUGUA